AGGAGUGGAGGAGCAGAGGACAAACAGUCACAGCUGACUUUGUCCCGCUCGGAUUGUGUUCGUGUCAGUAGCUGUUCAGGUGAACCGUCACUAUGAUGAAGAAAAGAACAAAGACCUCGGCGGUGAUCACGCAGCCCAAGACCACGUCCAGUACCUCGUCUUCAGAACUGAGCAUUCUGAUAGAGAAGCUCCAGAAGAAUGCUGAUAAAGUGGAGAAGAACAUCUAUGACGUUGAGCAGAAUCUCAACAAGGAUGUGAAUAAGAUCAACGAGGGGAAACAGCCGCUGUACCAGGAUGACACCAAGAAGCGAAUCUUAAACUCACUGGACCUGCUGACAGGUCUGGACGAGGACGCUUCAAACGCCAAGAAGCUGCAGCAUCCACAGGCCGAGAUGAUCGCACAGGAUAUGAAACAACUCCGUGAUCGAGUGAACAAACUGAACGAGGAACAUGAACACAUUUACAGUGUGAGCCGUACCAAGGGCAAACCCAGCGUUAACUGGGGCAACAUCAUGGAUGAGAAACAGGAAACCCUGAGCAACAAAGGCUUCGGUCAGGACCUCCCGUCCGUGGAGAACGAGGUGGAGGAGCACAACAUCUUCCACAGUGAGGUCGAGGCGCUGUCUCCUUACAUCAGCAGCGGCGGUGACAAGGAAUAUGUCAGUGGCCUCCAGAUGAAGUACAACAAACUGCUGGCCAACUCCUCCACGCGGCAGAAGAACCUACUGACGCUGCGGGACUACAUGCAGCGCUGCACCAACGAGCUGUACUGGAUGGACCAGCAGGCUGAAGAAAGGAUCAACUACGACUACAGUGACGCCAACCUGGGCUACCCGGCCCGCCAGAGGGAGUACGAGAACUUCAUCAGUAAGUGUCUGGAGUCCAAAGAAGCUACGAUUACCAAGCUCAAUGACGAUGGAGAUAAGAUGAUUGCCUCCAACCAUCCGGCCAAAAAUGUUAUUGAGGCCCACAUGGAGGCGGUGCAUGCUGACUGGAAGGAGUACCUGAACCUGCUGAUCUGUGAAGAGAACCACCUCAAACACAUGGACGAGUACCACAAGUUCUAUAAAGAGGCACGUGACACUCAGGACCUGCAGAAGCAUUUCGACACAGAGGUCAGCCAGAAGUACAACCCUGAGUUCAGAGACGUGUACCAGAUGGAGGGUCUGCUGGCCGAGCUGGAUGACCAGGCCAAGGCGGUGGAACACAUUGAUGACAGAGUCAGCGCCCUGCAGAAACGCAGCCUGCAGGUUUCUCCUCUGAAGUAUCGCCGCGCCGCCCCGCAGAAGCCGCUGCCCGUUGAGGCUCUGUGCGAGUUCGACACUGACGAGGGACAGAUCGCACGUGGGGAGAAAUACACGCUGCUCAAUGCCAACGGCAGCAAGUGGGACGUGAAGGACGCCGCAGGACAUAAAAUCACUGCUCCGGCCGUCUGCUUCUUGAUUCCCCCAACCGACCCUGAGGCUGUGGCUCUCGCCGACAGCCUGGCCAGUCAGCAAAAAGCCGUCAAGCAGAAGAUUUCAGGCAGCAAGACAAAUCUGGCGAAGCGCUAUGAUGAGCUGAAGAAGCAGAGUGGGAGUGGCACAGACAAACAGGAGCAGCAGUGUCGUCAGCUGAUGGCUGGUCUCGAUCGGGUGAUAAACGACACGGACAAGCAGAAGAAGAGUCUUUAUGGUGUCAUUCGUCCUCCUCUGGAGCAGAACCGCCCACUGCAGGACACCGCAGAUCGCAUGCAGGAUCUGAACGACAUCGCUGCAUCUGUCAAGAAACUUGAACCAGAGAAGACCUCCAAAGUCCAAGAGGCAAAGACCUUCUUGACCUCAAACGCCAACAGCUCCAGUGCACCUCAGCUCCACAGCAAGGUGGAGGAGACCAAGAGGAAGUACGACUACUUGGAGCAGCUGGUGCAGUGCUCGCAGGAGAAAAUGAAGAAUUCCCACCAGCUGGAGACCUCCCUACAAAAUAGCAAGAAUUUUAUUUCCACCUAUGAGAACAAGCUGGCCCGGGAGGAUGUGGCACCAUCUGACCUCCAGUCUCUGCAGAAGACCCAGCGGGAUCUGGCAGAUGUUGCAUCGGACCUGAGGUCCAAAAGGUCACUGAUCCCAGAGAUGGAACAGAGUUUGCGAUCAGCCAAAAACACCUGUAACAACAUGGCUACUAAAUUCCACGAGCACUGCCCUGACAUAGAGAGGCAGGAAGCUGAUGUCCAGAAGCUCUCCAAACGCUACAACAACCUCACCAAGCAGACCGACUCCAGGUCUCAAAGCUUGCAGAGAGCCUCGAUGGCAUACAGCAAAUACCGCAAUGAUUAUGAUGACUUGAACAGCUGGUUGGGUCGCAUCCCCAACUACGACCCACAGGAAACCGAUGACCUGAGACAAAUACAGACGAAGCUGAAUAAUCAAAAGAAUCUGGUCGCUGACAUAAAAAGGAAAGAGUCAGACUUGAAUAAUCUCUCAAGGAACUCCCAACUCUACCAACAAGCUGUCAGAGACUACGAGAAUGAAGCACAGAGGUUUCAAGCUAUCCUAGACGUCAAUGAUGGACUUGUGCCACAAUCAUACAAGAGCAACAAAGUGAUAUCACCUGCACAGAUAGUCAAAGCAGAGGAAGCUGCUAUUGAGGGGAGGUACACGGAGGUGCAGGCUCUCAACAACCAAAAGCUCAACAAUCUUGAGCUGACCAGCAACCUUCUCAGCCAGGCGCCUGAUGUUCCCCUGGUACAGUCCACAAAUGUCCAGUCAGUUCAUUCAGCUUUCCAAGAAGAUGAACCUUGGAGAAUCAGAAAGCAAUUGGAAGAUGAGAUACAUAGGAGGGAACUGUUAGAGAAAGAAAUUGAGAGCAUUCAGACAGAAAUCUAUAUACUUGAAGGAGAGAAGCCCCAAGACACACUUGUCAAGAAGGAAUUGAUCAAAAAGGUUCCUGACCCGCAGCUAGAUGAAGAAAUACACAAAGUACAGCAGAGACUCUCUGAGGAACGGCGCACAACCCAAACCUUAGAGAAUGACCUCGAGGUACUGAAGGUCAAGUUAUACAGUCUGGAGACCGAGGCCAAAGAAGGAGCACAGCAAUACGUGGUGAAAGAAGUCCUGCGUAUAGAAAAAGACCGUAAUCAAGAAGAGGAGGUGCGUAAGCUUCGGGAGGAACUGGAGGAGCUAAGAAGACAAAAGUCAAUUAAGGACAAUGAGCUGGUUGAAAUACAAAAACGGGUGACAAUCCUGGCUGCGGAGAAGAGCAGAGAACAGGAGGUCAUCAAAGAAGAGGAGGUGAUUAAAGUUCAGAAUGACCCUCAGUUAGAAACUGAGUAUCGACUUCUCCUGGAGAAGAAGCAGAAAGAAAUGGAUACUCGGAAGGGUCUGGAGGAUGAGCUGGCCUUCCUUCAGCAAAGGUUACUUAAGCUGGAGAAGGAUAAAGAAAUAGCAGAGGAGAAGGUUACCGUUAGGGAGGUCCUGAAGGUAGAGAAAGAUGUUGCCUUGGAGAAAGAGGUGGACAAUCUAAGGAGACAGUAUGAGGAUGAGAAAGCCAAACAAAGGUCAUCACAGCGAGACAGAUCUGACCUCCAGAGGAAAAUUUCCACCCUCGAGGAGGAAAAGUCCAAGGUUGUUAUUCAGGAAAAAGUGCGCGAGAUAGUCCGCCCUGACCCCAAGGCUGAGAGUGAUCUGGCCAACCUCCGACUUGAACUUGUAGAGCAGCAAAGGCGCUAUGUAGAUGCAGAGCACCAGCUUAAAUUACUUAAUGAUGAGCUGACCAUGCUGAGGAAUAGAGGUCCUCGAGUGGAGACCAAAGAGAUCAUCAAGGAGGUCAUCAAAUACAAGACUGAUCCACAGACAGAAAGAGAACUGGAGAGACUUCGCAAUGAGAUUGUCGAUAAAACACACCAGAUCGAGAAAUCAGAAAUGGAAACACGACAACUUCAAAGUGAAAUUGAAAGAUGGAAGGACACCAAACCUCAGGUGCAAACAAAGGAAGUGCUCAACGAAGUACUCCAGUACAGGGAAGAUCCAAAGACGAAAGAGGAAAUUGAGACCCUGAAAAAGAAACUGGCUGAUGAGCAGAAGAAACGCCUCACCCUUGAGAGAGAACGGUCAGAGCAAGAAGAGAAGAUAAGACUCAGGAAAUUAGAGCUGGCUGAAGUCAAAGAGACUAUCGUACAGCAAGAAGUGGUCAAAAUGGAAGAGGAUCCGGUCCUGAAAUCUGAAUGUAACACCUUCUUACAAAACAUCAACAAUGAGCAGAAGCAGAGGGACAGCUUGAAAUCUGAGCUCUACCAGCUGCAGAGACAAAAGGCUGAUCUUGAUCUUCAACUAGAGGAGCUGGAGCGCGAGCGCAGGGCCAGACGUGACGCAGAACUGGAAAUUCAAAGACUACGGGUUCGACUUAACGAGCUGGAGAUCAGAGACCGAGAGAACCGUGAGAAGGUGACCUUGAGACAGAAAGUAGUCCUGCAACAGGAUCCCCAACAGGAGAAGGAGCACUCCAUCCUCAGGCUACAGCUGGAUGAAGAGAAGCACAAGCGCUCACUGCUGGAAAAAGAGCUGAAUGCGCUGAUACAGCAGCAGCUCACCCUGGAAAAGAUGGAUGUGAGAGAGAGAGUCGUACGUACAGAAAAGGUCCAGGUAGAGAAAGACCCAGAGGCUGAAAUUGAGAUUGAAAACCUAAAGCAGACUCUGGAAGACGAGAAAAGGCGGAAGCGUGAACUUGACCAGGAACUAGCCACCCUUACCAGCAGAUUGUCUGACAUGGAGUUCUCCAACACAAAGACCUCCAAAGAAAUGGAAUACGUGCGUGAUGAAAGCAACCGACUGCAGCAGGAAAACCAGAGGCUACAAAAUGAGAUUCGCAAGCUGCGCUCAGAGAUUGAGAUCACCAGCCAAGAGACUCGCCUCAUCACCGAGUCUGCACCCAAGGAGCAUGGAUCGAACCUGGAACGGAGACUGGAACUACUGCAGAAGGAGCUGACAGAACUCAGAGCUGUUACAAGACAGAAGGAUGAUGAGAUCGAGAAGCUUCAAAAGAGUGUGGUAGCAGUGAGAGCAAAGAAAGAGCAGAGGGAGAGCCAUCUCCGGAAGUCCAUCGUGGUGAUUGACCCGGAGACCGGAAAAGAGAUGCGACCGGAGGAGGCCUACAAGCUGGGGCUGAUUGACUGGGGCAUGUUUGUGAAUCUGCAAAGCCAGGAGUGUGACUGGGAGGAAAUCACAGUCAAGGGCCCCCGGGGAGAGUCAUCAGUUCUUCACGACAGGAAGUCGGGGAAGAAGUUCUCCAUUGACGAUGCCUUGCGUCUUGGGCACAUCUCAAAUCACCAGCUUCAGCAGUACAUAAACAAAGAGAUUUCCAUCCAAGAGUUUGGGGCUUUGGUGGCGGGCAAAAAGUGAGUGACGGGAAUCAUUCUGAGAAAACGCGUCAGUGGUUUGACUCUCACUUUAUAUCUGCUUGUAUUCUGGCUGCCAUGUGGUGGUGAGCUGACAUUAUACCGGAUUUGCUCCUUGGUUUUUAAAUGCACUAUGUAUUUAUUUGCUUCUGCAUAUUAUGUAAUUUGGGUUGCCAGGUUUGCGGUACAUUAAUUAUACAUGGAACAGCGUGAGUCACUUCAUGACUUUUGAUUUGAAAGGUGUGACAGGUGGUAGGGCAGAGAUUAUUGAUCACCUAAUUUGAAAUUGCUAUCAAAUAAGAGUAAAGGGAGUGUUUCAUUUAUUGGUGUUUUUCCCAGGCUUACUGAUGUGUGUGCUCUUCAAAAAGCUAAUCAAUAAAAUGAAACUACAAAAAAAAAAAAA